UUUCUCACAUUCGCUCCAACCUGGGCGCUGCAGGAACAAACUCGACAUCCUCAGACUCAUCCUGUCCUGGUCUAAACCAACUGCAGGUAGGAACAAAAUACAUCAUCUGAAUUGAAUCUACUUUUCUGUUUCUAUGUUCCUGUUGUAGCAGAAACACAUUCAACCAAAAGUUUCUUUUAGAGAGAUCCGCUCUGUGGAACUCAGUAUUUAUUUGCAGUCAUUUGGCUUUUAUUUUCAAUGAAAACUAAACCUUCAGUAAGUCACGUUUCUUUAGUUUUCCUGCUUAUUUUUCUUUACUCUGCUUUAUAGUACUUUCUUGUUUCUAUACUUUUAUCUGUUGCACUUCAAGAUUUGGUCCAAUGUGUAAAGUUUAAUGUACAAUCUACAAAUUCUGACCUGAAAUUUAAAAGAUGAGUCUUUUUUUUAUAAUUUGUCACUUGAAGUUUGUUUCAAACCUUCAACCAUUUUUUGCAUUUUUUAAAAAUGUUUAGAUUUUAAAAACUUUUUCAAAAUUAUUUUAUUUGGGUUCAUGAGUUUCUGCUUAAAUGUGAGUAAGCUCAAGAAGUAAACCUGCCAUUUGAGAUCAAACUGAUAGAAAGUGAGUAGAUAGGCGGAUGUACAUCCAUUACAGAGCAGGUGAUCUAUUUCAUAACAUGAGUGACUGAAUGUUAAAAUGAUCACAUUAUUAAUCACAUUAGGGCAAUCUUGUAUCAUCACUUAAAUUUUGCCAGGACAUAAAGAUAUCAAUGUUUCCAUGUUAGCCACGUUAUCUGUGUCUGUUAAAGUGAUAAGAUAUGCAGGUUUAUGCAAAGGACUAAAAGUAGAGAAAUUUUAGAUUUUAAUAAAAGGACAAACUUUCUCUAGUUUCCUGAUAAAAAGGAGACAGGAGGAUAGAAAGGAUAGGAAACUGAAGAGUUGGAGUGGGUAGGAUUUGAUAUUGAGGAGAGGAGGAAAGGAGAAGAGGAGAGGAAAGGAGAGGAGAGGGCUUUCACACACAUUUCAGUACCACAUCAUUACCAGCCCAUUGAGUGAUGAAUAUGAGACAAAGACCAGCUGCUAAAUGGAAUUAUAUUAACAUGAGGAGAAUGACUGCUUACGCCACCAUGAGUAGAUUUAAAUGAGAUUAUUCAAAUGGACCAAUGUUGAGUAGAGCGAUGAAAUUAGAGAGACACAGAUAUUCGAGACAAAGAGAUACUGGUGUAAAACUACAUGAGCCUGACAAUUAAGAGAACUGAUAGUUUUGCAUUUAUCUGAGCAAUAACCAUCAAGCAAUCAGAGGUAAAUGACCAUUAAGUUGUUUGUGGUGAUAUGAAGUCCAGGACUGUACCUGAGGAGGAGAUGUUGAGUCUUCAAACAAAUGUCAUUCCAUGUCUGAUUUGAUGCCGUUGGACAUCUUGUAGUUGAUAUCCUAAUCAUCUGCUGUGUGUGAGUGUUUGUGUGUCUGUUUUCUGAAUGAUGGGAGACUGAAAGCCUCAGAGCGACUUGCGUUGCUGGUUUGAUGUAAUUGGAUGAUUUGUUCUGGAGGAAUGUUCUGACACAAAGCAUCAUUCAUCACAACUAAUAAGCCACUUCAUCAGCCUCAGGUGAACAUAAAAAGCACCGUCAUUUCAACCAGAAUGUAUUAUGAUGUACGUUUUUGUUCAUGUCUCUUCAACCUGAUGCAUCUUUUUUUUUUUUUUACUUUUCUAAAAACUUCCCGGAUUUUGGAUUAGAGGGAGAAAGCGGAAACAAGGUUUAUAUUCACAUGCUCUUUUUGUAAUUUUGAAUGACCCAAGAGAGUAAAGAGAGAGAGAGAAAAAUCCAUGUCUUUGCGCUCUCCGUGCUGUCGUGUUAAUGUUGACUGUUCAAAAACAACAAUACACAGAGCAAAGUGAGGAUCAAGAGAUAAUUGGUAUGAGCCCUUUGGGAUGCUGGUGCUGACAGAAGCAUUCAUCACAGCCAGCACACACUCACUCUGCAUGUGUGUGUGCGUGUGCGUGUGUGUGUGUGUGUAGCAUGAAAGAAAGAAAAUAUGAUGUUGGCCCCAGGGUCCAGCUGAAUCCUCAGGGGUCAAUCUAGCCCCCUUUAACACCCCGCUCCAACAAAGUAAUAGGAUUCAUCGUUCACUCAAACCUUCAUCUGCUGCGAUUAUUUCAUUUCACAGAAACACAGGCUGUGUUUAACAAACUGAAGGAGACAAUAAAGGAGAGCAGAGGAGAGGCAGUGAACGGCGCAGAUUGGAAAUGGAUGUGGAUUUCUCAUCGCUUUUUGUUUUUCUCUCUCUUAACAGCUAUGAAUGUAGGAAUCUGUGUGUGUGUCCUCCUCGCUGCGUUAUCCAGUGGCUCCCUGAGUCUGCCGUCACAUUUAAUGGUAAGAAACACACAGAUGUGGAGAUGUCCUUUAAUCACUGCAUGGGAAUUAUCAUUCUCAAUGAUUCCCUGAGAGUUUUAGGUUUUAAAAAUAAAAAAAAAUAUAUCAGUUUGCUGUAAAAUCUCACUAACUCAUGAUUCGAAUUUCAGGCUCUAAUUUUCGAUCUGUUUGAAUGCUUCUAGUCACAGAAAGCUGAGGGAGAGGCUCUCGCAUCAGACAGCCUGCCUCCCCCCUCACCCAACCACACACGCCACACCCGCUCAGCUCCUGCGCCCCCACCAGGUCUGCUGACCAACUACAACCAACGCCAGGAGGAGACAGACGCUCGCAGCAACCUGAGCCAGCUUCUAGCCAGACUCCUCUCCAGGAAAGGUGAGCCGUUCAAAAACAGUCACGUAUUUGGAGCAAAGUCUUUCCCUUCAGUGAUCUUGUCACACACAGAUCAGCUCCCUCGGAUUAUUUCCCUCCUGGUCUUGUUAUUUCCCCCUCUUUGAGAUCCAUCCCUCUGUAAAUGUGCCGUCAGUCAUGCUGUGUCUGCGUCCCACCAUCUGGCAUUUCCAGCCUCCCUCCAGCUCUCUCUUUCUCUCUCUCCUCCCAUACCUCCUCCUUGUUCACUCCCUCUUCCUUUUCCAUUUCUGUCAUCAGUGUCCCUCCACCAGUCUGUGUCCUCUUUCCUUACUUCCUUCACCUGUCUCCUUACCUCUUGACCUCACUCUCUCUGUCAGGCUGUAUCUGUUCCCUCUAAAGCAAACACUGUGUGACUGUCAGACCUGCUGAGCUCUCAGAUACAAGAAUAGAAACAAAACAAGUCAGUAUAACAGACGUACACCCUCAUUCAGAGAUAUCAUUUUAAUAUCGCGGAUAGCGCAGGUGGAAAAAUGAGUACUGUCAGCAUGUUUUGUCCAAGCCUUCCUCAUGUCCUCUACGCUCUCCCCUCCAGUCUCCCCCUACCACAGCAGAACCUCCCUGACCAGCAGAGCCAGUGGACCAGGCUCCGCUCACAGGCUAAUGGACAGAGAUUACCUCGGCUGGAUGGACUUUGGACGGCGCAGCGCUGAGGAGUACGAAUACUCCUCCUAGAGGCAUGGCUUGCUUUCGCUCCAACCAGAGUUACAUUGCCCAACUACGCCAAUAAAAGCCCCCGAGAAUAAUGAGCCCUUUUCACACUGCACUUACUGGAUCCAAGGGCUGAAUUGACUGAAUCCUAGGAGGAGUUUAGCAUUAUGACGAAAGAGUAGAGGGAAGAAAAAAAUCUAUCCAUUGGGCAAAUCCUACAGUUUGUUGUCCCUGAAUCUCCAUGCUGAUGUUAAGAGCAUUUAAAGUGUGUCUGAAAUACAUUAAAGCACAACAUUUAUAUUUUCAGAAAUGUCUGACAAUAUUCUAUAACUGUGUUUCUUGGCAGUAAACCUAUAAAAAAGUCGAAUACCAGUAUGUUUGCUCAUCUCUUUUACCUGUCUGUGGGUCUUACAGUCAAAUCGAGUGGUUUUUGAGAACAUGGACCGUCAUUUCGAAAAGGCAUAGUCAACUGUUCAUUCCUAAAUCAUAAGUGGUUAUCUACAUUUUUAAAUCAAUUGCUGAUCUUGAGAAAUGCUGUCAAUGUGGAAGCGCUAAAACUGCAGUACUCUGUUAGUCCACUUGAGGCUAGCACCAAAAGCACCAGACGCCACAUACACACCCAUUCAACCCAUCAACAACAACAAAAAAGAACAUGUUUACAGCAUUUGCCACAAAACAUUUGCCAGCAGCUCUCGAUACUUAAUUUCUUUUUCCACACACACUGAUUUGAAGAUCAAGGUUACCAGUUUUGCAUAAUUAGGGACAUGGCUGACUUGGCUGAUAAGGGAACUUAGCGUAUCUAUUAGUAGGGAGGCUAAAACUAUGCCUCUUGACCUUUUGCUUGGUCGUCAUUCCUAAUAGGGUGAAAACUGUCAUCAGGCUUCAAAUACUGGGUUCGGAAACCAAUGAGUAAAAUCACUGAGUUAAGUCCAAGUCUUUGAUAGCCUUUGGUUUGAACAGGUUGCUAGUAGUCUCAGUUUGCAGCUAUUAUAAUCAUGACUCAGGAUCAUAUGUCCUCUUACCGAGUUGGAAAAGAACUUAGUGUGACAGCUUUGAGGGUUAUCAUUUUAAGUAAAAAGACCUAUUGAGAGUGAUUGAAACCUCUAUAUAAUACCCUUAUGUAAGUGUUUGAAAAAUACAUGAUUAAUGAAGACAAUAAAGGGGUAAUUAAAUGCUC